AUGUCGAAGCAACUGAAGCAGCAUUUGAUUCGUCGGAACAACAUUUUGGGUUCCCUAAAGUUGAUUCACCAUUACGACGAUAAUUUUGUGUUCGAUAGGGAUUUCCCCCAACUCAAAUUUCGCCUCGAGAAACUGGAUCAUCUUUGGGAUGAAUUCAACGAGGUGCAAGCUGAAAUUGAGUUUAGCCAACCCUUGACCGACGAGCCUGACGCUGUUAGGACUCAAUUUGAAAACGACUACUUUGAGCUGAAGGGAGCUCUUUCGUCGAAAUUGGAAAUCGCCACCCAGAACACUCACGCGCCUCCCUCCCCCAUUGCUCCACCUGCAUUUCAUUCCUCCGUCCGGCUCCCCGAAUUGAAAAUCCCUGAUUUCCACGGGGAUUAUGAUGAGUGGUUGAACUUUCACGAUCUGUUCAACUCACUUAUUCAUUCGAACCACCAUUUGUCGUCGGUGCAGAAGUUUCAAUAUUUGAAAUCUGUGCUGAAAGGGGAUGCUGCGCGGCGCAUCCAGAAUUUGGAUGUGAACACGGCUAACUACACGCUCGCGUGGAACAUUGUGAAGAAAAAGUACGAUGAUAAGAAUCUGCUCCUGAAACAGCACUACAUGGCGCUGUUAUCUAUUCCUUCUGUUCACAAAGAGUCGUCGACAGCGCUCUCGGAACUCGCUGACGAAUUUGAGAAGCGUGUUGGCGUGCUUAACAAGCUUGAAGAGUCCAAAGAUCACUGGAACUCGUUCCUCGUCACCCUUCUCAGCAUCAAUGAUACGCUAUCCCAGUGCAAGCUGUGCAAGCAAGAGCACAUGCUGCACCAGUGCGAUGAAUUUAAGAAGCUUUCGCCACAAAACCGCUUCGAUGUUGCCAAAAAGCACGGUCUCUGCUUGAACUGCUUAAAGGCAAACCAUAUGAUGAAAGCAUGCACUGCGGGUUCGUGCCGAACGUGUAACAAACGCCACCACACACUGUUACACCUGAACACAGCUGCCGCCGACAAACCAACGGCCUCAGCUGUACAAGUUGCCCACUGUCAACAAUCCUCACGAUUGGCUUCGGUCGUCGAGUCUCCGUCGUCGGUUACGUACACUGCCGAGCAGUGUCACGUGGUCCCUCGGGAAAUGGGAUCGGCCCCGUCGCCGUCGGUUGGGCAAUGUCUUUCGCAUUCGUUCGUUCCGUCGUCGGUCUCGCAGGCAGUACCGUCAGGGUCUCACAACUCGCAAGUGACUCAAAGCCAAGCAGUCACUCAAACCCACUCGUUCGUCUCGAAGGCUGGUCAAGCUGUCGUCUUUAUGCUGACCGCCUACGUUAGAGUGAUGUGUGCAGAUGGCACACACAUCCAUGCUCGAGCCCUGUUGGAUUGCGCCUCCGAAGCUAAUUUCGUAACCGAAUCUCUCGCGCAGGCUCUGCGGUCGAAACGCAAACCCGCAAACGUCGAUGUGUACGGUAUCAGUCAAACGGUUAAGAAAGUGAAGCACCAAACCACAAUCACUGUUUCGUCUCGUGUGGGCCCGUACACUACAAGCAUGGACUUUCUGAUUCUGCCCUCCCUAACCAGAAUCCUUCCCACUACCAACGUGGAUGUUUCGAAGUGGGUCAUUCCUCGCCACCUCCCACUUGCCGAUCCAAAAUUCAACAUCGCUCAUGACGUCGACAUGAUCAUUGGCGUCAAGCACUUUUUCGCUAUCCUGCAGGGUGAACAACUAUCGAUUGGAUCUGGCCUACCAACACUACGCAACACUGUCUUUGGAUACGUCGUCGCUGGCGACACGGAUGCACCUGCACAACAAACCGUAACUUGCAACGUUACUGCUGUCGAACGGCUGGAAGCUGCAGUUCGCAAGUUCUGGGAGGUGGAGAGCUUUGAGACAGGGAAAGCCCUGUCCCUCGAGGAACGGUAUUGCGAGAAUCAUUUUGUAAAGACCCACACUAGAGCCCCUGACGGUCGGUACGUGGUUCGUCUGCCAAUUCGUGAGGAGUUGCGAUCUAGUUUGGGAGAGUCGAUUGCGGUCGCUCAACGCAGAUUCUUUAGUACUGAGAAGAAGUUCACGUCGAACCCGGAGCUGAACAAGGAGUACUCAAAGUUCAUGGCGGAGUACGAACAGCUCGGGCAUAUGGAAGAGGUCACCUCAGAUCUCAGCAAGCCUCACUUCUACCUUCCUCACCACGCGAUCCAGCGACCAGAGAGCACAACAACAAAAACCAGAGUGGUCUUUGAUGCUUCGUGUAGAUCGUCAAACAACAUCUCGCUCAACGAUCUAUGCUACAUUGGACCUACGGUGCAACCACCACUCUUGGACACCAUUCUGCGAUUUCGUCUGCCAAAGUACGUCGUCACUGCCGACGCGGAGAAAAUGUACAGGCAGGUACUCGUCCAUCCGGACGAUCGGCCGUUGCAGCAGAUUCUAUGGCGAUCAACCCCGAACGAGGACCUGAAGACGUAUCAGUUGAAUACUGUUACCUACGGUACCGCCCCCGCGCCAUACCUCGCAACCCGCGUCCUGAACCAGCUGGCCGACGACGAGGCAGAAAACUACCCCCUCGCUGCUCCUCAAGUUAAGCGAUCGUUUUACGUGGACGACUACCUAUCGGGUGACAACGACGAGAACCGCUUGAUGGAAACUAAUCGUCAACUCAUCGGACUUCUUGGAUCUGGCGGUUUCACCAUGCGCAAGUGGUGCAGCAACAGUUCUCGCGUUCUGUCUCACAUUCCCGAGGAACUCCGAGAUCCCCGAACCGAGUUGGAGCUCAGCGAAUCCGGAUCGAUCAAGACGCUCGGCCUUCUGUGGCAGCCGGUGCCUGACCACCUCAGCUGCAAGGUUCCCGAAUACAACUCGGCGGAGCCAAUCACGAAGGCACUCAUUCUCUCGGAAUUGUCGCAGCUGUUCGACCCAACUGUAGUCAUCGAGCUGCACUGUUUCUCGGACGCGUCCGACAAAGCGUACGGCGCUUGUGUCUACGUGAAGUCAACCAACUCGUACGGCAGGUCGAAGGUCAACCUGCUCAUUUCAAAAUCUCGCGUCUGCCCUAGGCGCAGAUUAACGAUCCCCCGUCUCGAGCUGUGCGCAGCUCUGCUGGGAGCCCAACUGACCGCAGCUGUCCUUGAAGCCACCAACCUGAGCUGUCCAGUGGUCUAUUGGUCCGAUUCUGCGAUCGUCUUGCAUUGGAUUGCGUCGUGCUCAUCAACCUGGAAGGUGUUCGUCUCGAACCGGAUCGCAGAAAUCCAACGCCUCACGCAGGGCAUGCCCUGGCGUCACAUCCCAACCCACCUGAAUCCAGCAGAUCUGAUUUCUCGGGGACUUCUUCCUUCAGAGCUGGUCGGAUGUGUAUUGUGGGAGCACGGACCAGAGGUCAUCGAGCUGCCCUCUUCGCAUUGGCCCCAAAACUGCAUUGAACUCUCACCAUUACACAUGCAGGCUCGUGACGACGAAGCACGCCAAACUGUGUCGGUGCUCACAACAAGCUCUCUCGAAGAUCGCAUCCAAAUCGAAGAACAUUCCGCACUCUUGCCCCUGCUCCGCUCAGUCUCUUGGAUUCGGAGAUUCACGGACAACUGUCGCAGCCGUCCCGAAGAACGACGAAAUGGUUUUCUAAAGUUUCGAGAAAUUGACGACACACUCAAGCUGCUCAUUACACUGACGCAGCGCACCCACUUCGCUCAGGAGAUCAAGCAUCUUCUCAAAAACCCUGGCCCAGUCCGUAAAGACUUCGAUUUCAAAUCCCAAAUCAAGACCUUGAAUCCCUUCAUCGACCCGGAGGGUCUGCUCAGAGUGCACGGCCGGUUGGAAAACAGUAGCUUACCGUUCGACACCAAGUACCCCAUAAUAUUGCCCGCCAAAGCACAUCUGACACAUCUGAUCGCCAAAAACACCCACUGGGAUACUCUACACUCGGGUCCACAACUGCUGCUAUCGACUCUACGUCAGCGCUACUGGCCGGUCAGGGGGCGAGAUGUUGCGAGGAGAGUCGUCAACGAGUGUCUGGACUGCUUCCACUGCAAGCCAAGAAGCAUUGACCAGAUGAUGGGGCCUUUGCCAGCAGCUCGUCUCGUUCCGUCGCGCGCGUUCGCGAGCAGUGGUGUCGACUACUGCGGGCCGUUCGCCGUAAGGCCACCGAAUCGUCGCGGCGCGUCCGUCAAAGUAUUCGUCGCGAUCGUCGUCUGUAUGUGGUCGAAAGCGGUACACAUCGACAUGGUGUACGACCUCACGUCCGCGUCGUUCAUAAACGUCCUAAAGCGCCUCGUUGGACGUCGCGGCCGCGUGACCGACCUCUACUGCGAUAACGCCCGAACGUUCGUCGGGGCUAAUCGCAACCUGGAGGAACUGCGCCGAGCAUUCGAUGCGAUGCACUCGUCGGAUGCAGUCGCCGCUCACUGCGCAGAGAAGGGGAUCACCUUCCACUUCAACCCUGCCCGAUCGCCGCACCACGGAGGGCUGUGGGAGGCCGCUGUUAAAGCUUCAAACAUCACCUCUAUCGCGUGA